AUGGCAUCUAAGAAGGAUAUGCGGAGGUUGGACCUCGCCAUCCCCUACAUUGACCCUCCCAAGAGCAAGGAUGAGGCCGACAUGUCUAGCGCCAUGUCCAGCACCAUGCCUAUGGCUGCGAUGUUCACCAGGAAUAGGGUCUCCUUCGUUUUCUCGCUUCAGUCCUGGCUCGGUGAGACUCCAGACCAGAAGAGAACUGCUUCGACUCCGGCCUACAUGUCCGUCUUGAUGUCCUUGAUGGCUUUGGUGGUUGUAUACCCCUUCGCCGAAGCUGACGAAGACACCGGCGAGACUAAACAGUCUCAAAAUUACAUCCAUAUACGGAUUCAACAGCGCAAUGGUCGUAAGACCUUGACUACCGUCCAGGGUCUUCCUAAGAAGUUCGAUCAGAAGAAGAUCUUGAAGGUCAUCAAGAAGAAGUUCGCCUGCAAUGGCACCAUCGUCAACGACACUGAGAUGGGAGAGGUGAUUCAGCUGCAGGGAGAUCAGCGUAAAGAUGUUCAGGAGUUCUUGACCGACAAGAAGGAGGGUCUCGAGCUGGACGCCAAGACCAUCAAGGUCCACGGUUUCUAA